CAGGUAGUCAACCAAUCGGAUAGAUGACGUUCAGUCAACCAUAAAAUGUUGGAAAUUCCCGUCUUAUAUCCACACAAUUUUCGCAAAAUGGUGCGUGCAUAAACGUCAGGGGGCACAUUUUGGUCUUUGGGAAACUUAAUUCUGGUAUAGACGUAGGCGUCGUAAUAUUGAUAAUAAGAUAAAAUGGGAAAUCAUUUUUCACAACAGAAGAAGAAAGGUAACAUUUCUAGCAGUAGACAGCUGAGGGCCAGUCGCUACCAGCAAUGUCAAGAUUAUGGUGUCAGUGUCAUAAGCGGUUGGGAUCCUGCAUCGUUACAAGGUGUUAGAAAUGUUACCCAUGACAUAGAGGAGAUUCCUAAUGAAAUUCCUGAUAUUAAAGAGAAUCCCCCUUCACCAUGCCCGACCUUUCCUCGUAGACUUCAAAGCGGUCAGUCGGCAACAUUAAAGAAUUCUUACGAAAACCCAGACUAUUUAACAACACUGGAAGUUCUAAAUGUAAGAGAUCAUCAUCAAAGCGAACAGUCUAUGUCUAGAACCGACAUAAAUGGAAUAAAAGGCACAUGCACAGGAUUGGCAAAUGAUGGCGGAGAAGCUGAGACCAAUGACAAUAUGUCUUUAAGCGAUGAUGUUGAUGUGUAUGCUACAAUUCAUCCAAAGCCAUCUGUACGAAAGCCACAUGCAGUCGCACUUGCUGACGAGCAUACAAUAGGAUGGGAUAAUCCUGAAUACUUCCGGAGGGGGUCAUUCCCAAGGAUGAGUGAACGAACAAAUUCAUCCAAAGAUUCGGCGUUUACAGCAGACACUUCUGCGAGUGGACACACUAGUUCUAAGGAUUACAUGCGUGUAAAUUGCAGCGUGUGUCGACCUCAACAAAUUGAGUUCAUGGUAGACGUUUACAAGAAAAGAUUACAAAUGGAUCUGCGCGUUGAGGACCUCUUAAAAGAUAUUCACUGUAUUGACGAUGUUUACAAAGAAGAAAUAGAGAGAAGAUCAAAAGAAUCACGGCAAGCAGCUGUACUGGUUAAAAAUUAUGAACUCUGUACUGGCAAAUGUUCCAAAAGUGUCCGGUUGAUGGUCUCCGACCAGUAG